AUGCCCCUUAUUUCCCUCUUGCCUUCCCUCUUUUCCUUCCUAUUCUUCCUCUCCUCUUCCUGCUCCCCCACCUCCCCUCCCAAUUUUUCCCACCCAUCAUUCCCCUCCUCUUCCCGCGCUUUUCCCGCAACCCCCAUCCUGCUUCUCCCCAUCUCCCUCACCCACUCUCCUCCAGUGCAUAGCAGCAGGUCGCCCAGACACACCUGUGGUUCAGGGCGCCACAGCACCACUCUCAACCACACCAACUCCAGCACUAUGCCCACUUCCACUCAUGCUUCCACUGCUGCUACUGGUGCGGAUGGAGAGGGGAGGGUCGAGGGAGAGCAGGGGGCGGAGCAGAGGGCGUGGGAGUGGAUGUGUGAGGAGGUGGCGAGGAAGCCCGGGCAGAUCAGCAUCAUUCAGUUGGGGCCCAUGACCAACCUCGCCCGGUGCCCACCCUCACCUCCCCCUCCCCGCUUUCCUCCACCAUCCGCCCUUCCUCCUCCCUCGCUUCUUCCCGCCUUGCUCCCACCAGGCCCUCUCGCAUCGCCCCUCACUAGCAUCAGAGCUGGCGGGCAUCUGGGUGGUGGGGGGUUCAUUCUUCGCCCACUUGCACCACCCACUGCUGGCCCCCACCUCCCCCCUUCCCCUCACCAGGCCCUCUCGCAUCGCCCCUCACUAGCAUCUGAGGUGGCGGGCAUCUGGGUGGUGGGGGGUUCAUUCUUUGCCAGUGGGGAUGUCAACGCGGCUGCGGAAGAAAGCGUGAGUGCUGGGGGCAAAGGGUAUUGGGGGGAGUGGGGGGUGGCAGGAGGGAGGUGCAGCGAAGGGGGAAAGAAAGGGAAGGGCGAUGGGAUAGCUCGAUAUUACUCCAACUAUGCAUGUAUCUUCAUAUCUUCUCUUGAGACGUCUCAAAAGUCCCUCGCACUUCCUCUUCCCCUUCCUCUAUCUCCAAACUCCAACUAUGCAUAG